AUGCCCACCAGGUUGGUCUACAUCUGGGGAUGCCCACGGAGCUGGAGACCGUGGAGGAGGACUCCGAGAGAGGCGAACUGGGAGUUCACCCAGGACCCGUGGCACGACACCGAGCUGCAGAACAUCGACUACACGGGUUACGAAUUCAGCGACGUCGAGAAGGUUUUGAUGAACGAGGGAGGCUACGCGCUGACUCCACUGGCGCACCGCCGGGGGAGAUGGGCGCUGACCUCGUUGGUCACGUUGCGAGCCCGCGCGGAUUCGCGGCCACUGGCCGGCCUGGACCCGAGGUUGAAGACGGGCACCCUCAAGGAGAUCGAGAAGGAGGACUGCGACCACCCAAUCUGCGCCAGACCUCAGCACGGCAACCAGUACGCCAGGUGGGCGAAGUGCCGCAUGCGCGGCGCCAGGCGAGAGACGACGAAGUACACCCCGGAAGACAAAGCCCAGACGAAGCUCAAGCGCGAGACGGUCAAGAAAGAGGUGGAUCUCGAGGAGCACGACCAGCACCGCAGCAGGACGGCGAUCAAGGCGAGGAACUCGGACAACCAGCAGGUCAAGAAGAAUUCGGCGCAGCGGCCUCCCCACAGCCCAGGUUCUUCAACGGCGCCCGGGCCAGGGCGCCUCAGGACGCGCGCGAUCCCAGAAAUGGCGCCGGCGAAGCCGCCUCCUCCAUGCGCGGCCCCCACGGCGGCCAGGAGCCCGCCGGCUCGCAGGACCGACACGGGGGGCCCCGGGAGGUCGAGGAGCUGCGCCAGACCCAGGAGAGCAGUCGCCAGGAGAUCGCCCAGUGGAUGA